UUUUCGUUAAUAAUAUGCCAAAAAACAAAAGUACUAAACGAGUACGGAAACAUCGAUUAUCAACGCAAUUCCCAUCUCUAUUGAAUACAUCAAAUUCUUCAGGUGAUUCAAAUCAUGAAGAUGCAAAUGUAAAUCAGAACGUCUCACAGCUAGGACAACAAAAUGAUUCGUUUAGUUCUCAUAUGGAUCAUAUGGAUGAUUGUGUAACAUCAGGCGACUUUGAUUCAAAUCAUGAAGAUGCAAAUGUAAAUGAGAACAUCUCGCAGCUAGGACAACAAAAUGUUUCGUUUAGUUCCCAAAUGGAUGAUCGUCUCACGUCAAACGACAUUGAUUCACACUAUGAAAUUAAUGAAUCAGAAGACCAAAAUGACGAUGAUUUUAACGGAUCUUCAGAAUCUGAUGAAAAUUUUAUUGACGCCAUUGAAGAUUUAGAAGAAAAUGAACCUGACGAAAUUAAGGAAUUACAAUCAUGGGCUGUUGAACAUGGGAUUGAACAAAACAGCAUUGAUGGAAUGUUAAAAAUUUUGCGUCGUAGACUCUUGCCCGAAUUACCUAAAACAGCGAAAACAUUCUUAGGUACUUCAACAGCAGAGUAUGAAAUAAAAGAAAUGGCAGAUUUAGACGGAAGUAUGGGUGAAUAUGCUUACUUCGGCAUUAAAAAUGGACUUGAGGAAUGCAUAGAUUAAAUGUUUAUACAUUUAAAGUCUACAAUUUUUUUACAA